AUGGCUGCUCAAUGCUGGCCCGUGCUCCUGCUGGCUAUCCUUAACCUAAGCAUCUUUGCCCAUCCGUGUGACACUCAAGAGUUACGAUGUCAGUGUAUUCAGAAAACAUCUGAACCCAUUCCUCUCCAAUUCAUUAAAACUAUCCAGGUGAUAUUUCCUAAUAUCUACUGCAACAGAAAGGAAGUGAUAGCAAUCCUGAAAAAUGGAGAUUCGAUUUGUUUGGAUCCUAAUGCUGAAUGGGUGGUUGCUGUUGUUGACCCCAUUGUUAAGAGGUUCCUACCUAAGGACCCCAAUCAAAAGGAAUUUCCAUGGGCAAUGAAGCUUCUGUACAGCGUUGAGUUUGAAAAGCCUCUGUAUCUUUCAUUUGAGUGA